CCCACAAUACCCGGCGGAGGGCGGGUGGGUGGUUAGUGUCUGGGCUGUGCGGCGCUCCGGUCCCCGGCGGACCCUGCUGCCUCUGUUUCUUGAACGCGAGAGGAAGCGAUGCGGAGGGGUGGAAAAUGGCAGAGCUGCAGAUGUUACUAGAGGAGGAGAUCCCGUCUGGCAAGAGGGCGCUGAUAGAGAGUUACCAGAACCUGACCCGGGUGGCGGACUACUGUGAAAACAACUACAUACAGGCUACAGACAAGAGAAAAGCUCUAGAAGAGACCAAAGCAUAUACAACCCAAUCUCUAGCUAGUGUUGCUUAUCAAAUAAAUGCAUUGGCCAACAAUGUACUCCAGUUGCUGGAUAUCCAAGCCUCUCAGCUUCGGAGGAUGGAGUCUUCCAUCAACCAUAUCUCACAGACUGUGGAUAUUCAUAAAGAAAAAGUGGCUCGAAGAGAGAUUGGUAUUUUGACAACAAAUAAGAAUACAUCAAGAACUCACAAAAUAAUAGCACCUGCAAAUAUGGAGCGCCCUGUCAGGUAUAUUCGGAAACCUAUCGACUACACAGUUCUGGAUGAUGUGGGCCAUGGCGUUAAGUGGCUAAAAGCCAAGCACGGAAAUAACCAGCCUGCAAGAACUGGCACAUUGUCGAGAACAAAUCCUCCCACGCAGAAACCACCAAGCCCUCCUGUGUCAGGCCGAGGAACUUUGGGACGGAAUACCCCUUACAAAACGUUAGAGCCCGUUAAGCCUCCAACAGUUCCUAAUGACUACAUGACUAGUCCUGCGAGACUUGGAAGCCAGCAUAGUCCAGGCAGGACAGCUUCUUUAAAUCAGAGACCAAGGACACAUAGUGGAAGCAGUGGAGGAAGUGGAAGUCGAGAAAACAGUGGGAGCAGUAGUAUUGGCAUUCCCAUCGCUGUGCCCACGCCUUCGCCUCCCACUGCUGGCCCAGCAGCCCCUGGCUCAGCUCCUGGUUCCCAGUAUGGCACAAUGACCAGGCAGAUUUCUCGACACAACUCUACCACUUCUUCGACAUCUUCUGGUGGAUAUAGACGAACUCCCUCUGUGACUGCCCCAUUCUCUGCUCAGCCUCAUGUUAAUGGAGGUCCACUUUAUUCUCAAAAUUCAAUUUCUAUUGCCCCCCCUCCUCCCCCUAUGCCUCAGUUGACUCCACAGAUACCUCUCACAGGCUUCGUGGCCAGGGUGCAGGAAAACAUUGCUGAUAGCCCAACUCCACCACCACCUCCUCCACCGGAUGACAUUCCCAUGUUUGAUGACUCUCCACCUCCACCGCCUCCUCCUCCGGUGGACUAUGAAGAUGAGGAAGCUGCCGUCGUUCAGUAUAGUGACCCAUAUGCGGAUGGGGAUCCUGCAUGGGCUCCCAAGAACUAUAUUGAGAAAGUUGUUGCAAUAUACGAUUAUACAAAAGACAAGGAUGAUGAGCUGUCCUUUAAAGAGGGCGCAAUCAUCUAUGUCAUCAAGAAGAACGAUGACGGCUGGUUUGAAGGAGUUUGCAAUCGAGUGACUGGACUUUUCCCUGGGAACUAUGUUGAAUCAAUCAUGCACUAUACCGAUUAGUUUUUUUUUCUUUUGUUUUCUUUUCAUGUAGGUUAUUACUCCGUCAUACCGUGGGACUAUAUGGUUAACAGAAUUGUUUUAAUGUUUAAAAUGUGCCCAUAUUUUCAGGACAUAAUGUUUUAUUGGUAUAUUUGGAUGUCUACCUGUAAGCAUACAUUUUGGAGGCAGUUCACAUAUUGCUGAACAGCAAUUUAUACCAGAGACUGCCUGUAAUUGAUUAUGCAUAUGUACUCACACCUUGAUAACUUUAUGACCAGCCUAAAUAUUCUGGGGAUGUGGGUUAUUAUGUUUAACAAAUCAUGGUUCAGAAUGCAUCAUUUCAUGUUUCAGUGCAGCAUGGUCACUAACAUUAUGUCAGACUAAUAGGAAAAACAAAACUGAAAUGCUGGUGCUGGUCAUACUUUUGGUUUAAAUUCUCAUUUUUAAAGAAUACUGUGUUUAAAGCAUGCAAAUUUUAUGUAUUGAAAGAUACUUAACAAUUCAAGAUGCUUCCAAUUUGUGUAACAUUUAUCUGGAGUACUCAUACUUGAGUCUCUAAGUUCUUCAUGUGAAAUGAAAGAUUAUCUGUAAUGUUGUAAUUUGUAUCUAAGUUUUUUAAUGAGUGAAAUUUGCAUUAUAAAUUUUUCCAUUCAUAAAUACAUAAGUGAACCAAA